AUGUCCGAGGCAACGCAAGAUUUAGGAGCCCAGUGGAGAGAAGAGUGGGCCGUUGCCCAAAAGGUCAAGGGACCCAGCAUGAAGAACGAUUCCGUCUUCUACCGCAACAUUGAAGAAGAACUCGACAUCUCCCGCAAAUCUGGUCUUUGCUUCCCAAUCCACCUUCCCAGUCACGUUACCGACUUUUCCACCUGCGAUGUUCUUGGCAUGGGCCACACGGGCGCUCUCAGGGAGGAGUUCCUGAAAGAGCUCGAGGCCAACCCCGGAUUCUACAUGGGUGCAGGUGGAUCUCGUCUUUUGGAUGGAACGACAAAAUACCAGGACUCGUUUGAGAAGGAGCUCGCCCAGCUCAUGGGUGUCGAGUCGGCCCUUGUCGUCCACUCUGGAUGGACCGCUAACCAGGCUAUCUUCUCCACCGUCCCACGCUCUGGCGACGUGCUCGUCUACGAUGAGCUGAUGCACGCGACGGCACUUUCCGGCAUGAAGAUCAGCUUGGCGCUGGACCAGAGGCCCUUCCGCCACAACGACGUCGAGCACUUCAUCGAAGUCAUGGAGGCUGUCAAGGAAUCUACUCCUCUCGUCAAGGCCGGCAAGCGAUGCGUCAUCGUCGGUGUUGAGAGCUGGUACAGCAUGGAUGGCGACAUCUGCCCUCUCCGCGAGCUUAUCGAUGCUGCCAAGGAGAUCUUUCCCCACGGUAACGCUCAAUUCGUUGUCGACGAGGCCCACAGCUUCGGUGUCUGCGGCUCCGAGGGCACGGGUUUUGUCAGGGAGCAAGGUCUUAACGACGAAGUGGCCAUCACCAUGGUGACCUUUACCAAGGCUCUUUCCGGAGCCCGUGAAUACCUGCACGACCUCACCCUGUUCUACCUGGACACACUCACCUCGCACCCCGUCUACAAGAAGGCGUACAAGAAGGGCAUGGUCGACAUGCCUGUCCACGAGGACGGCGCCUGGCACGAGACACCCAUCACGCACAUUGUGCCUCUGUGGACGCGCCGUCCCCGCCACGCCCUCUACCUCGCCUUCCACCUCACCAGGGACGGCUUCAACGGCUGCUACAUUGUGUUCCCGAUUGUGGCCAAGGGCGAGGACCGCGUGCGCCUCUUUUUGCACGCCCACAACACCAAGGAGGACGUCAAGAACCUGAUCCAGUCCAUGGUCACCUGGAUUCAGGAGAUGCUGGACAUCGAGGCCAGCGGUGACAAGAACAAGCUUCCCACCGCCGCCCGUCUUGCUUUCGAUAUUAUUGAAAAGGAUAAGCAGAUUGCCAAUGGUGCCGCCCCGGUUACCAGCGCUGUUGCUACCACUGCUGCUACCACUGUCACUAGCACUGUUGCUGUUAAGAGCACUGAUGAGGUUAGCAAGGAGAGUGGCAGCCUCAGCCUCCUGAACAGCAUUAGCUCUCUGAAGCUUGGUCUCAAUGGCUUGGGCCGUAUGGAGAUGCCUUCUCGCCUCAUUUAG